CCGGAGCUGCCGGGAGGAAACUUUUUUUCUUUUUUCCCCUCCCUCCCGGGAGGAGGAGGGGGGGAAGCUACCGCUGGCGCCAACGCUCGUGGGCUCGGGGUCCGCGCGGCCCGCACGGGGGGCGGGGGCCUCGCCCCGCUAGGGGAGGCGCGCCCCGGGGGCCCCGAAGGGGGCGGCGAAGACCGCGGGCUGCGGGUGCUGCGGCGGCGCGUGUGCCCCACUCAGGGGAGGGCGCCCGCCGCGCUCCCGGCCCGGCUGCGAGGAGGAGGCGGCGGCGGCGCAAGAGGAUGUACUUGGUGACGGGGGGCAGGGGGCUGGCCGGCUGCGGGCACCUCCUGGUCGGGCUGCUGGGGGUGCUGCCGCCGCUGCUGCUGCUGCUGGCUGGCUCGGGCACCUGGGCGCUGGUCUGCCUGCCCUGCGACGAGUCCAAGUGCGAGGAGCCCAGGAACUGCCCCGGGAGCAUCGUGCAGGGCGUCUGCGGCUGCUGCUACAUGUGCGCCCGCCAGAGGAACGAGAGCUGCGGCGGCGCCUACGGGCUCCACGGAGCCUGCGACCGGGGGCUGCGCUGUGUCAUCCGCCCUCCCCUCAAUGGCGACUCCAUCACCGAGUACGAAGUGGGCGUUUGCGAAGAUGAGAACUGGAAUGACGACCAACUGCUUGGUUUUGAACCAUGUAAAGAAAACCUUGUCUCCGGCUGCAACAUAAUCAAUGGGAAAUGCGAAUGUGUCACCAUCCGUUCCUGCAACAAUCCCUUUGAGUUUUCAAGGAAGGACACGUGCCUUUCAGCUUUGAAGAGGAUUGAAGAAGAGAAGCCAGAUUGCUCCAAGGCCCGCUGUGAAGUCCAGUUCUCUCCACGCUGCCCUGAAGACUCCGUCCUCAUCGAGGGCUACGCUCCUCCCGGGGAGUGCUGCCCCUUGCCCAGCCGCUGCGUGUGCGACCCCGCGGGCUGUCUGCGCAAAGUCUGCCAGCCAGGAUACCUGAACAUCCUCGUGUCGAAGGCCUCAGGGAAGCCGGGAGAGUGUUGUGACCUCUAUGAGUGCAAACCAGUGUUCAGCGUGGACUGCAGCACGGUGGAGUGCCCGUCUGUCCAGCAGGCCGUGUGCCCCCUGGACAGCCACGAAACUCAAGUCAGACUCACGGCGGAUGGCUGCUGCACUCUGCCCACAAGAUGCGAGUGUCGCACUGGCUUAUGUGGUCCCCCCGUGUGUGAGGCGGGAUCCAUUCCCCGCAUAGUCUCUCGUGGAGAUGGGACACCUGGAAAGUGCUGUGAUGUCUUUGAAUGUGUUAAUGAAACAAAGCCAUUCUGCGUGAUCAACAAUGUGGAGUAUAAUGAUGGAGACCUGUUUCGAAUGGACAACUGUCGGUACUGCAAAUGCCAAGGGGGCGUGUCCAUCUGCUUCACGGCCCAGUGCGGCGAGCUGAGCUGCGAGAGGUACUAUGUGCCCGAAGGGGAGUGCUGCCCGGUGUGUGAAGAUCCAGUGUAUCCGUUUAACAACCCCGCCGGCUGCUAUGCCAGUGGGCAGAUCCGCGCCCACGGAGACCGGUGGCGGGAAGACGACUGCACGUUCUGCCAGUGCAUCAACGGAGAGCCCCACUGCGUCGCCACGGUCUGCGGACAGAACUGCAUGAACCCCGUCAAAGUGCCUGGGGAGUGCUGCCCCGUGUGCGAAGAGCCAACCUACAUCACAAUUGACCCGCCUGCGUGUGGGGAGUCACCGACCUGCAGCCUCACGGAGCAGGACUGCGUUUACGGCUUCAGCGUCGACAGCAAUGGUUGUCAGACCUGUCAGUGCAAAAGCAGGGAGGAGCUGUGCAGGGGCCUCAAGCGAGGCUGCUCGUUGGACUGCCCCUUCGGGUUCCUCACCGAUGACCACAACUGCGAGAUCUGCUCCUGCCGCCCCCGGCCCAAGAAGUGCAGGUUCCGAUUCACGGACUGUGACAAGGACUGUCCGUUUGGAUACCAGAAGAAUAAGCACGGCUGUGACAUCUGUCGCUGUAGGAAGUGCCCAGAGCUGCCGUGCAGAGAGGUCCCUGCGUCCACCAAGUCUCCUGUCCUGUCGGGCACGUGCCUGUCCAUGGACGGCUACCCUCACAAAAACCAGGAGAGCUGGCACGACGGGUGCCGGGAGUGCUACUGCCACAACGGACGGGAGAUGUGUGCCCUGAUCGCCUGCCCGGUGCCUGCCUGCGGCAACCCCACCAUCCGCCCAGGACAGUGCUGCCCGUCCUGCUCAGAUGAUCUCGUGGUGCAGAAGCCAGAGCUCAGUGGCCCUUCCAUCUGCCACGCGCCCGGGGGAGAGUACUUUGUAGAAGGAGAAACGUGGAACAUAGACUCCUGUACUCAGUGCACCUGCCACAGCGGGCGGGUGCUGUGUGAGACCGAGGUGUGCCCGCCGCUGCUCUGCCAGAACCCCUCGCGUACCCAGGACUCCUGCUGUCCGCAGUGUGCAGACGCGCCGCUCCAGCCUUCCGCGCCCCACAACGACAGUGUGCCUAGCUACUGCAAGAACAGCGAAGGGGAGAUUUUCCUGGCCGCCGAGUCCUGGAAGCCCGACGUGUGUACCAGCUGCGUGUGCAUGAACAGAGUGAUCAGCUGUUACUCCGAGUCCUGCCCGUCGGUGUCCUGUGAAAGGCCCGUGUUGAGGAAAGGCCAGUGCUGCCCCUACUGCAUAGAAGACACCAUCGCAAAGAAGGUGGUGUGCCGCUUCGGGGACAAGGCCUACGCGGACGAGGAGCGCUGGGACAUCGACAGCUGCACGCACUGCUACUGCCUGCAGGGUCAGACCCUCUGCUCGACCGUCAGCUGCCCGCCUCUGCCCUGCUCGGAGCCCAUCAAUGUGGAAGGGAGUUGCUGCCCAAUAUGUCCAGAAAUGUAUGUCCCGGAACCAACCAACGUGCCCAUCGACAAAAUGAACCGCCGUGGAGAGGCCGACGUGGCGGUCCCCGUGUGGCCCACAUCCAGUGAAAAUGACAUCGUCCAUCUCCCCAGAGAAAUGGGUCACCUCCAGGUAGAUUACGGAGAUAACAACAGGCGACACCCAGUCGAAGACUCUUCGCUCGACAGCAUCGCCUCGGUGGUGGUCCCCAUCAUCCUGGGCCUCUCUGCUAUAAUAGCAUUCCUCUUCAUCAAUCAGAAGAAACAGUGGAUACCCCUGCUUUGCUGGUACCGAACACCAACUAAGCCUUCUUCCUUAAAUAAUCAGCUGGUAUCUGUGGACUGCAAGAAAGGAGCUCGUGUCCAGGGAGACAGUACCCAGAGGAUGCUAAGAAUUGCUGAACCAGAUGCAAGAUUCAGUGGCUUCUACAGCAUGCAAAAACAGAGCCAUCUACAGGCAGACAAUUUCUACCAGACGGUGUGAAGGCAGGCAAGUUGGAUGCGGUUUAGAAGUCAGAAGCGAAUAAAUCUGCUCUUAAAAGUAAACUAGGACUUGUGCACUUGCUUAGCGGACGGUAUCGGACUGUGACUUGAUGUGCAGCGCGGAGAACUGACUGGGAGGGGCUCUGUCUCCAGCAACGUGCAGAACAAGCAUUCCCGCCUUUCCUCAAGAUAACUGACCAAGUGUUUUCUUAGAACCAAAGUUUUUAAAGUUGCUAAGGUAUAUUUGCUUGUGCUAUAACUGUAGAGAUAUUCGGGGGUGGGGACAGGUGAGUUUGGUUGGGGGAGUGGGUGGGAGGGUGGUGUCGGGAAGACAGAUUGGUCAGCUUGGCUGGGGGGGGGGCGACCCCCAGCAACGCAGGCGAGGUGCGGUGGCCCGGAGAGUAGCUUUUCCUGUUGCUCUGAAGACUGCACUGGUUGCAGCACACAGCUCAGGCCUGAGCGAGCAGGAAACAGAAAAGGCCCUGGGACCCAGCUGCCACGACCACCUAGAACGACCAGACGAGCGCACCAGAACCUUUCGAUAGCCAUCCCAGGUCUAAAGCCACAGUUUCUUUCCUAGAGCCGCAACUGCGGUAGGCAGUAAGGAAGCAAGAGAAGUGUGAGGGCGGCAUUUCUCUCAGGCGGGUUACUAAGGAUAUAUACAGUUAGACUUUUUGCUGCUUUCGUUUUGUUCCACGCCAAUCAGCCAGUUCCUAGCAGAGUCAGCAGACACACAGGACCUACAGUCAUUUCUCGAUGUGAGCGAGCACUGGAGCUUUUCCGACGGCAGCGUGGCAGGCGGGCGGGGAAGGCGGCGGACACCGCGUGUUCCCGGGGGCUGUGCUUCCUUGUUCGUGGUCGCUUUGUUCUGUUGGGUCGUUGGUUGUUCAUAGUUUUCGUUGAAGUUCUAGCUUAAGAAGAAACUUUUUUUAAAAAAAGACUUUGGGGAUUUUUUUUCCUUAUUAUAUACUGAUUCUACAAAAUAGAAACUACUUCAUUUUAAUUGUAUAUUAUUCAAGCACCUUUGUUGAAGCUCAAAAAAAAAAAAUGCCUCUUUAAACUUUAGCAAUUAUAGGAAUAUUUAUGUAACUAUCUUAUGCUUCAAAAAAAAAAACAGAAGUAUUUGCGUGUGUAUAUAAUAUAUAUAAACAUAUAUAUUUAUACACAUACAAUUUAUGUUUUCCUGUUGAAUGUAUUUUUAUGAGAUUUUAACCAGAACAAAGACAAAUAGGCAUUCCAUAUCAAUGCUUUUGAUCACUCACAAAUUUUGAACACAAAAUCUCAUUCUACCUGCAGUUGAACUGGGAAGAAACACAUGUGCGAGUGUGUGUGUGAGAGAGUGUACGCACACGCGUGGGCGGGCAGCACCACCCCUGCUGCGGAGGGGUGUUCCUUGAUUAAAUCUUCUUCCUCGUUCGGAUUUGCUUUCGGUCGGUUUUCAGUUCCCUCCGCCUGCCAGCAGCACUGGUGGCAGUCUGGGCGCAUCACUAAUCAGCUCCUGGGUUUCGUUUUCUUUUUUCUUCAAACAACUGUUUGAAACAACUACUGGAAUAUUGUCCAUAAUAAGCUGGAAGUUUGUUGUAGUUUGCCUCAAAUAUGACUGACUGUAUACUAUUGUGUUAACUUUUCAAACAGCUCUUAGCACUUUUAUACUAAUUACCCAUUUGUGCAUUGAUUUUUUUUUUCUUUUAAAAAUGCUUGUUGUGAAAGACACAGAUACCCAGUAUACUUAAUGUGAAAAGAAAACGUGUUCUGUUUUGUAAAGGAACUUUCAAGUAUUGUUGUAAAUACUUGGACAGAGGUUGAACUUUAAAAAAAAUUAAUUUAUUAUUAUAAUGACCUAAUUUAUUAAUCUGAAGAUUAACCAUUUUCUUUGUCUUAGAAUAUCAAAAAAAAGAAAAAGAAAAAAGGUGUUCUAGCUGUUUGCAUCAAAGAAAAAAAGAUUUAUUAUCAAGGGGCAAUAUUUUUAUCUAUUUCCAAAAUAAAUUUGUUAAUGAUAUGUUACCAAAAUAGACUUACAUCAGCCUGAUUAUUAUAAAAUUUUGUUGACAAUUAAUCCAUUCCUGGCAUAAAAAGUCGUUAUCAAAAAAAAUUGUAAAUGCUUGCUUUUUGUUUUUUUCAAUCAUGGCCAUAUUAUGAAAAUACUAACAGGAUAUAGGACAAGGUGUAAAUUUUUUUAUCAUUAUUUUAAAGAUAUGAUUUAUCCUGAGUGCUGUAUCUAUUACUCUUUUACUUUGGUUCCUGUUGUGCUCUUGUACAAGAAAAACAAACACGAUUUCCUGGAGAAUAAAACGGAUCUAUGGCAGGCACUGGGA